GAUGUGAUGCCAACAAGCUACACAUCCUCGCCCUCAUUGCUGUGUCGGACAGAAACAAACAUAAGCUAUCUUGUCAGAUAUGAGUCAGUUCUUGGGUCGUCAGGACUGCAUCGAAAGCCUCCGAAGAGACGUCGUCGACCUUCAAGGUGCGAUUCUGGACGUCUUCUCCAGAACUGGACCGGUCCGCUUUUCCUCGUGGAAGUUCCCCGAUAAACUCUCCUGUCACCUGGACAUGGGAACGCUACUGGAGCGAUAUGACUUUGUGGAUGGGAAGGAUACAUUCAAUCAACACUCCCACAUUGUGUUAUUGGAGCUGGUGAUUGACAGACUACUGCUUCUUCUACAAAGCUUCAAUGCGUAUGUUGAGCAGAUUAGGUGCAGCCACAGGAGAGAACAAACCCAGCACAGAGGUCUGUCAGUUGGUCUUGUUGUCAGAAACUAUUGGAGUAAUUUUGUUCAGUUUGCCAACCUAAAGGGGACAUACAAAGACAUCAAGAAACAAACAAAAGCAAAGCCAUUUGACUCUGAUGGGACAGAGACAGUGUCACCGGUCUCCCCCCAAAUGAGCACAAGCAGACAUUCCUUAUCUUCCUGGUCUUCAACAAGCUCCUUUAAGUUUUUGCCACAGAAUGAUGUACCUCCCAGUGCUACCAACAACACCCUGUGCUAUCCUAAAGUUUACAGCCACAAUGUAAGCUGCCAGACUGUUGAAUCAUCCCUUGUUCCCUGCAGUGCAUGCCACCAAGUGCAAUCUACUUUGAUAAAAACAGGGCAUGCCUUGGUGGAACUGCUUCAGAGUGAGAGCCUGCCCUCAUCUCUGCAGCCACUCCUAGUAGCUGUGGAAGACACCCUGCAGCUGGGACAUAUGACAGCAGGCGAUGUCGCCCAGUGGGCCAAUGAGCAGCUAAGAGACAUGCGCCGGCUGGAAAAACAUCUUGUAGAUGUGCGGGGUACUGUGCAGCCUCUUAAAGAUAGACUAGCAGAGGCAGAAGCUGAGCGGGAGAGAUUCAGGUCUCAGCUGGAAGGUAAACGGAAGGAGUUCAAGCAAGAGAUGGAAAAACACCAAGCGAACACAGUCCAGCUGGAGUUUUCACUGAGGAAAGCACAAAGAUCCAUGAAAGAAACAGAGCAAAGGCUGCAAAAGGAGCAACGACAACUCAAGAGAGAAACAUUGUGCUUGGAGGAGAGUAAUUCCGGACUGAAAGAGAAAGUAGCAGUGCAGCAUGAUGCAUUACAGGCACUUGAACGAGAAACGAAUGUGCUGCAGGAUAAAUUGAGGACCUUGCACAUAGAGGAAGAGGCCUGUUGCAAACUACAGCAAAGGAUCCAUCAGUUAGAGAGUCAAAUCUCUGAAACUCAACUUCAUCUUGACAAAGAGAAUGCCAAGUACCACAGUGCUUGUCGUCAACAAGAGUCAAUGCAGGCAAAGCAAAAGUCUUUGUUGGAGAGAGUUGAUGGUCUCGACGAAGAGUGUGAAGAGCUGCAGAGGCAGUUGUUGGAGAGGGAGGAGAGACAGAUUGACCUUCACAAUCAGCUGCAACAGAUGACAGAGGUGAAGGAUCAAAUGCAGGCCCAAUUUGCUCAGCAGCAGGACCUGUGUUUGGAGUUCCAAAAGGAGAAGCAGACCCGGGAAACAUACGCAUGCGAGCUAAAGAACAGUGUGGCUGAGCUAAAGGAGUAUGUGCAAGCUUUGAAGGAGAGAGAGAGGCUGUUGGUGGCUUUCCCAGAGCUCAGCCCUCAGGCCCAACCAAAGAGUACAGGAAAUGUGCUUUUGGAUAUGGAGCAACAAUUGCAGGCAAAUAACUUGCGCAUAAAAAUUCUGGAGCAAGAAAACACAACCCUGUACACCAGCCUUGUGAAACUGAGGCAAAGACCACAACAUAAUGCCACCAGGGGAGCCUCACCUCAGCAGACAUCUGUUGAAGAGCAAAAAAAUCACCUGACACAAAUGCAAAAGAGUCCAUUGCAGAGCAACAGUGCAGCAGGGCUGGAAUACGAUAACAGAAGGAGGGAAGCAAGACGUGGGGAAAGUGGUCUAGAGUCAGCCGGGUCAGAGGAUCGUGUGUCCACUGCCUCCGCCUCCCCUUCUUCCCUGCAACUUCACCAUCAAACCCUCCACCUCAACAUGGACGCCACUGCUGCUAAAAGCCAUACAAAAACACGCAAUGGUUCUCUUCUCUCUCACUCCAGAAGCUCAAAUCAGAGGAAACAAAUUUGACCCUGAAUGCAUAAAUACAGUAAAAAAGAAGACGCUCUUGAAGCUGGAGUGAGAAAGGACAAUAACUACAAAGCUCAUAAAAAGGCACAUUCCCUACAUUAAUACGUCAUGAUGUCUUAUUGUACAUUAUAGCACACUAACACUAAUUAUUUUCUAAUUUUCAAUGACAUUACAAGUUAUGACAAUGGAUUACCACUGCAGCCACUACAUUUGUCAUUAUGUUAAGUUGAAUACAUGCACUGUAUAUAUAAAACUAAUUGUGGACAUAUGUACGGAGCACUGUUAUUUUUAAUAGGGUAUUCAUGUCUGUUGAAUAUUAGGUUUCUGGAUAUAUGAUAUGCUGGAUGUAUCUGAUAGGGUGGCGUUCACAGCAGAUGAUGCACUUGGCUCUGAGUACAUGGGCAGCUUGUACAACCUUGAGUGGGACACAAACAAUGACACAGAUGUGUUGAUGGAUUUUUAAGUGCUAUCUGAUGAGGGUUCAGAGUAGGAUGUUUCCAUGGAAAUGCAAGUGCUCACAGGAUUCACGCUCUGCUGAAUCACCACAGACCUUUAUUUCAGUCAGUUAGUCCUCAUUAGUGCUCCGAGAUCAAGACCACACAUACUGUAUAUGAGGUAACGUUUCUCUCUCGUCGUUUUGGUGUUUGCACCACACGGCAUGAGGCUUGCUCUGCGGUGGUAAUUUGAGAUGCUC